CUCAUUGUGAUACAAGGCUUGAAUGUGAUGAGUAGACUCAUAAAUAUGUUUCGGGUGUGCAUAUUUUAGUUAUAAACACCAUCGUUUUUGAGCACAUACUAUAUAUACAUUUCUGAUAUGGUGCGAGACCAAAAACUCGCGGAGACAACAGGACCGCCGCAAUUCGCAAAGCCAAUCCUCCAGUACACGAAAACUCGCCAGGAGGCCUUACGUAUUCGACAGGCUUUGACCCUCUAUGUGAAGAAUCAUAUCGAAUUUGCGGGCGACUCUCCAGGGUUUCACAUCAGCCUCUGCGCUCCACAUAAUGCUACCAACGUGAAGCGAAUUCCACCGGAAUUGAACAAUGGACUUCGCGCUCAGUAUCUCAAGGCCUUGCAAGCUAACCUAACUGCGAAGAGAGAGUACAAUGAUGUGCUUCGGGAGAUAUUGUCUCACAAACAAGAUAUACACUCUUCCGCAUCCGCUGGUGAUGGUGAGAGACUAGAGACAAAGGGUGCUGAAUUGCAGACAUACUUGGGACUUCUACGAAGCCGACGAGAACAUGGGAAAAUACAGAUUUUUCAACACUACUUGGAAGAGCUGAACAAAAUGGAAGCUGGGCAAGCCGGGUACCUUGAACUUGCCAAGGAGCAAGCGAUAUCUCGCCAGGCUGCUCAAAACUUGAUAGCGCAUUCUAACCCAACCUCGGGGAGUUCAGGUGGCAACAGAUCAGAUUCGGAAACCCUGCUUAACAACUUGGAAAAAGCGGUACUCCGUGCGAAGCAUCAAGCGGAUAUUGAGAAGAGGCUCCUUGAGAAGCUGAACAGCCAACGCCUAGCGGAUGGUGAGAAAGCAGUUCCGACAAGAAAAAAGCUAGGAGCGCUGAGACGUACGCAUGCGGAAUUGGUACGUUGGGUAGAAGAGAAAUUAGUUAUCUCUUCGUCAAUCGAUGAGCAAGACCCUAUUGAGGACCAAGCUGCGAUUGAUGCGUCAGACGCCGAGAAUGUUCGUGUUUUGGGGGAGACUAAAUCCUUGAUCCAACAGCAAUACGCUUCCUACGUUAACGCUCGAAAAUCCUUAAUAUCAGUUGUAUCUACAGCGUCUCAACAUUUCCCGGCUGGGCUCCAAACAUCACAACGCCGAUGUCAGCCUCAGGGGAAACAACAGAGUGCAUCCACUCCGGACCUUGCUUUACUGUUCCCAUAUGUGUCGGAGCAUUUGCUGCCCUUGUCAAAAGCCCAGAAAGCACCUUCUACGCAAAAGGCCUAUUUAUCUGCCCUUCUUGCUAAAGAGAAGUGGACUACGUGCCGGAUGUUCGAUCGUCUGCAGGAAGAAAGCCAUCUGCUUCCGGAGUACCCCAUUCUUGCGAGACAACCGCGAUUUAGACAUGCAGUUGCCGCGAUAAAUAGUCGCUCAACUUCUCUCGCUAGCCCAACAAGCCCAAGUGACACUCCGGAGAUCGUCACCCGUGCAGAGGCCUGGUCAUUUGCUGCCAGGGAAGCACGGGAUGCUACGAAUGGAUAUGUAGAAGAUAGGGUGAAUUUCGGGACAGAAUUGGCACGAAAGACAGAAGAUAUGUUGAAGGAAAUGUAUGAGCUCAUGAACCAGGACUAUGAGGAGGCAACGGCUGGUAAGGAGGAAAAGAAAGAGGAUGAUGGAGAUAUCUGGGCCUCGGAAAGCCGAUUUUCUCGGGGUAGAGGAGGACGACAUUGUCGAUCGGAGAAUAUGCCAAAAGGCCCAUGGUCAGGUUUGAAUGGGAAAGUUGGAGUCAUUGGUGAUGGAUGAAGUGUGACGGGUGGGAUACAUAGAGAUGAUAAUUCAUGAAUCACGAAAAUGAUCGAUAG